AUCGAGCAAGCAUGGUCAUCUCUAACGGACAAUCAACAGAGGAUGAUAUUCUACGAUCUGAUGGAACGGAUCGAGAGUACGCAGUCGGAUGUGAGGCUGGAUGCGGCUAGGAUUGUGUUAUAUAUACUGCAGGGAGCAUAUUUGGAUUUUGUGGACGAGGAGUGCGUAUCGAUAGGAAACGGCUUCCAGUCGAGUCCGAAUCGAGAGGGCGGCGACUUGGGCACGGGGGGACACGAGGAGGCGUGUCUUAUUCAGGGCAUUUUUAACGCUUACAAGGCGUAUGAGGCCGGGGUGUAUCAGACUCUUUGCACGAUGCUGAUGCUGGAAGUGGACGACCCGUGGGAUGUGUCGUGCCAAGUGGAGUCGAAUAGCCGAGGGAGUUCGGUAUCGAAUAGCAGAUCGGCAUCGAAUGUUGACUUGUCGGAUAGUGUAGAUAAACGGCAGUCGAGUCGAAAGAGCGCUACAACAGCCGACAACGAGGCGUUACGUGUGGUGUUGAGUGCGUUGUAUCAUUUGGUGGAGUCGAUCCGGAGGGUGGACCUUUUUGAGAUGGUGGUGCCGGGCGAGAGGAGGACGGCCUGGGGGGCGCUCAGGGAGUCGUUUAUUGAGGAGUUGGAACAACCCAUCGAUAAUGUGGGUCAGCCACUGGUGAUGGUGUUGUUUGAGAUGAUGCCGGCGUUUUGUCACGGCACGAGUCCGCAUUUCCCGAUGAAGAAGGUAUUAUUAUUGGUAUGGAAGGUAUUGCUGACAAUAUUGGGUGGGUGGAAGGAACUAAGAGAGGCGAAGGAAAAGAAGAGGAAGGGGGCGGGGCUUGGGACGGUGGAGGACACUUUGCUAGUGGGCGGGGCGAUGAGGGCAUCGAUCAUUCACGGGACGGAUUUGGAGCAGGGCAAUGGGGCGUUGGGCGUGGCAAGACCGCGACGCUCUACGACGGCACAUCCAAGCGCGCGGUUGAUCGGUAGACAAUUGGCCUGUACAGGGUCAGAGGAUUCGAAGGAUGACUUCGAUGACUUGACACCAUCUGGAGAUAAGCCAGUAGAUGAAGAGCGGCGCGGAAGGGGCGUGGCCAGGUCAGACUCGGAUACGGAUGCAGAUGGUGGGCGUGGUCUGGAUGAGGACGAUUUGCCACGGGAUUCGAUUGGAGAGGAAGAGUUGACGUCAUUAGAGGAUGACGUCAUCGGGGAAUUAAUAGCCGGAUGUGAAACAGGGGUGACAGAUGAUAAAAACGCCGCCGAAAAGGAGACAGCGCAGACGGUGGGCGGAGCCAUUAAAAAGGAUAUGCCAGCCCCAGAGCCAGGCACGCCCAUACCAGGUACCCCGUCCAGUACGACCGCAGCAAAAUCAUCCAGAAGGGCGAAUCCAUUACUAAGUGUGACGUCAUCUGGUGAACGCACGCCAAUAGCCGGAACCCCGCCCCCGAUGGAAGUGCUGUUUCGGCCGUCGUUGCCGUGGCAACCGAAGGUGAGGGAGGAGGAUAUUGAGUCGUUUUUGCAGCAUGAAAGGAUGAAAUUUUUCGGCUACUGUUUGCCAUCGGAUUCGAAAACCGUGUUCGGAUUGCCCGAACCGAUCCAACGGAGUGUUGAGGCGUUACGGAGGCAUGUUUAUGUGUCGUUGGGUGAUAUUCAGGCGGAACGUGAGAAAUCGCUGAAUCGAUACGUAUUCUCGCAACGCGAAACGGAUAUUGAAAUGAGCGUAACAGAGCAAUUGUAUAGAAUGAUGCUGCCGAAUUUGAGUCAG